AUGGCGGCACCUCAACCUCACAUCAAGCUGUACACUGACUCCACCCCCAAUGGAAUCAAGAUUACCACAGCGCUAGAAGAGCUCGGACUCAAGUACGAAGUCGAACAUGUUGACAUUAGUACACUUCGCCAGAAGGAGCCUUGGUAUCUCGAAAUCAACCCCAAUGGGCGAAUUCCCGCCAUUGUAGACACAUUCGACGAUGGCGAGCCCAUCAGAGUCUUUGAGGGUGGAAGCAUCUUACAGUAUCUGACUGAGCGAUAUGAUCCCGAGCACAAGCUAUCGUUCCCCAAGGGCAGCAGAGAGUACUAUGAAUGCAACAACUUGCUAUUCUUCCAGCAUGGAGGUAUUGGUCCCAUGCAAGGCCAGGCCUCCCACUUUCUCAAAUAUGCUCCGGUCAAAAUCGAGUACAGUGUUAAGCGCUAUGUGACCGAGACAAGGAGACUCUACAGUGUCCUUGACACUCAGCUGUCCAAGUCCAAGUCCGGAUAUUUGGUCGGAGACCAUCUCUCAAUCGCGGAUAUUGCCAACCUGUCGUGGGUGAUUUUCGGUGAAUACACCGAUGUCGAUAUGAAUGCUUUCCCGCAUCUCAAGGAGUGGGAGGCUAGACUGAGCGCAAGGCCUGCUAUUGCUAGAGGAUUCCAUAUCCCCAAGGUCCUAGGAAUAAAGAGCGAUGACCCUGAGGGCGCUAAAAAGUACCAGAACCAUCAUGCGGAUUGGGUCAUUAGAAGCCAGCAGUUGGAACAAGAGGUAUUUGGCAAAAAAAUAAAGAGCAUCUUGAUAGAUAGAAUGAGUAGAGAUAGACGAUACCUGUAUUAA